AUUAAUGGCGGUAUUGUUAUAAUCGUUAUAAUCGCAGGUGGAAAAAGUGCUUUUACUGAUUGAUGGAUUGAUGUUUCCCGUUUUAUUUCUCAAGCGUUCCUGAUUUUCGCUGUGACAUUAUCAAUAUUUGUAAACUGGUUAUUUUCUUAAAACGCCUGUUAUUCGUGAUGUUAGAAAACAAAAGACUGUCAAUGUUUGUGAGUGGGUGCACUUAAAAGGAAACGCAUAACAUCAAACAAAAAAAAACAACACCGGCAAGUGAAUCGCAAAGCCAAUGUGAACGAGAGUCUUCUUAAAAGUUCGUUGACACCCUCGCAAAAAUGAUUUCACGCUACGAAACUUUUUGGAGCUUUCGUAAAACUUCUCGUUCGUAAAAGGCUUACCCAUGGCGAAGAAAAAUCGGAAGCGGAAGCUCGAGGCCGAGGAAGAGACCGAGACAAAAUGGGAAUUAUCGAAUAUUUUGGAUGCGGAGCUCAGAGAAGAAAUGGCCACGAUGUGGGAGAUCCCACAAAUUUUUCACUUUUUGCACAUGUCCAAAGAGGCUCUGAAUAUUUCACAUUUGUCGAUGUACGAAAUGGAACGAAUGCUCGCUAUGCCGCGGGCCUCGAAGCAACUUGCGAUGAUAAUGACUGCUCUUCUGGGACCCCCUCGACCAAAAGGUAAAAUCAAAACUGUGCCUCCGAUGCCCUACGAUUUCUGGGUAAAUGUUCUGACGCACAAAGUUAAAGGAUGGUUCAAAGUUUAUCAGAGCAAACAUCAGGACAUUGUUAAGGUAUUUGAAGCGAUUGGAGUAGAGCCAGAAUUUUGGAAAUUGUUUCCAGAAGUUUCAAUUAUCGAUGAAAACGAAUUCGAUCAAUUGAGCUUCAAGCAGCGAGUCUGGAUCUUGAAAACUCUCUGUGACACGCUUAUGCAUUCCAGAAAAACAAUUCAGGAUGAAAUGGCGAAACAAAUGGUCGAAGACAGCUGCGAAGUCGUUUUAGGAUGCGACAGAUUUGGAGCAAAAUUCAUUUAUUUUCCACUUUUUCUCGACAAUGAUCUGAGGGUUUACAGGCAGUGUAUAGACAACACCAUUUUGUCGACAGUAAGGCAGCCUCCACCAUGGACGGAAUCACAGCCAUCAACAAGGCCGGAAAAAAAUGGUCGAGGAAAGAGGAAGCGAUCGAGAUGGAAAAACGGUUCAUUACCGCAAUACAGAAAGCGAACGAAGAGGGUGCAAGACGACGAUGUAAAGAUGAGUGGUGACAGUGCAUUGGGAUCGUCGUUGAACGAGGACACGAAUUUGAGCGGUGCAAGUUCGUGCAGCAAUAAUAAUAACAUUAUAGCGGAGUUAGAGGAGCGAAAUCGCUCAAGGAGUCCGUCAAAAGCGUCAGAAUUGGGUAGCAACGUUUCCGGAGACACAAGGUCGAGUAAAAAGUCCAGUGGGUACGACACGAAUACGUCAACGAGCGAUGGAAAGUCGUUUAACGAGGGUGAGUCGGAGGAAAUGUUUCGGGGAUUCGACAGUGAGAUAAAAAGCAAAAGUAGCACUGAUGCGAUCGGAAAUAUCCACGAAAUUCUCACUAGACUUACGAGCAAUGCGAGCGAAACUCCGAGCAACGAAAACUCGAUGGAAGAUCUUAAUACGGAAAUCGAGAGCAGGAGAAUCGACGUUAACGACGACGAGGACGAGGAGAAAAAAGACGAAGAUGCCUUAUCCUUAUGCGAGACUAAAUUUUCCGACGAUCCACGUCCAGAAUCCCGAGCUGAGAGCGAAGACUUGAACUGGAUCAAAUCUCAUUCAACGAGAAAUAAAUAUACCGAUCCUGAAAAUUUUCGGAAAGAACUUACCAUUUUUUCCACAAUGCUUACCGACUUGAGUGUCUCUACUUUCGAACUUGCCGCUGACAGCAUCGAUUCUCUGCGAGAUCUUGCCAAUACCCUCAAGAUACCCGACGAGUCUCGAAGAACUCACGUCGUACCUAGAUGCGAGCUCACUUUGGCUGGCGCUUUGCAAAAACUCGCUGAAUCUCUCAGUCCCAUCGAACCUAAGCUUCGGGAAUCCACGAGAAAAGCAAGAACGAAACUCAGGAAGGAAUUCACUAAUUUCAGAGACGGCAUAAUCAAGGAUCAGGACACGUCCGGUGACUCCGAUCGCGGCUCUAAUGGAUGGAUUAUUGGAUCGCAGGGCUGCCCACUGUUAUCCUCCAGCGAAACAGCAUUACAGGAGGUAUCGGACGCUCCCUUAUCCCCAGCUGGCACCAAAAGCGAAGGGGAAAGCGAGCCGAAAAAUAGUGACGAAGGAGACCGAGAUUCUGCUGAGCCGGAAGUCAACGAGGACGGAGAGAAUGACAAGGAGGAAAACUGCGACAAAGGAGAAGACGGAAUCAAAGAUGAAAACAAAGAAUCGGGCGAGAACGACGACGAACAAGAUUCCGAGCCUCAAACAAGAAGAGUAUUACGAGCCCGAGGAGUAUCAUCGUAUACGGAACAAUUGUCAUCAAGCGAGGAAGAAGCGUACGAGUUGGAAGAAUGGUCCUUGCUUGAGGCCUUCAAUUCGGCUCCCGGCACAUCGAACGGUGGAUCCGGUAUCAGCAUUGUUACAAAAGGAGGAGGCAUCGAUCACUCAGGGCAGAAGAACUCAGACAAAGAUUGGAUUUUACCUGGCGCUCGCAAACGGAAACAUAAAACUUCGCCAUUGAGUAAAAGAACAAAGACUUCUACGCCAAGGGUGUCGUUUACGACGGGCAAUUCGCAAGAUUCCGUUUCGAGUGUAUCGCCACCAAUGCCGCAAGGCUCGGGUGAAAAAUCCCGAACAAACGACAAAGGUUCAACGGACAAUUCCUUCAUAUGCAAAGUAGAGAGUGUACAUUCGGAGUUGGACAUAAAGGACGAAGGUCCGAUAUUCGAGUCAAAUCGAAACACCAAUCAACUGGGCGCGCAGCAAAACAGCUCAUCCUCGGACCAGCGUCAAACUGUUCGUGUUGCGAGCAAUCCACGGCCUGUGAGGCCGAUGGGAACUGUGGUACCACCGAGGUUAAUGCCACAACAAAUGCCACCCGGUUAUUACGUUCAACAACCGCAAACUUAUUUCGAUCCUCGUUAUAUGAGGUAUUCGUAUCCGCCACAAGCUCGAGGCAGUAUGGCGUACCCUUAUCAACAAGCUGGGCAUCCUCCACCCCCUCCUCCCCCCCCUUAUCCGGGUCAAGCUCAAUAUUGGCAACCGCCGAACUAUCCGGCAUUGCCCCCCGGAGCGUUUCCAGCUGGUAUUCGAGGAGGAUAUCCGGCACAACGUGGCGUUACGCAGCGUCAGCAAGGGCCUUCGACGACACUCUACGGAGCCAGAAUGCCGAGUCAAGGUCCGCAAAAUCGGAUGCCCGCUCCGAGGUCGACUUCGACGCAGAAUCCUAUGAUGCGUUUUCCUUGGCGUCCUCGACCUCCGCUCAAUCAAGCGCCACCCCCCCGACGCUACGCGCCUCGAUCGACACUUCCUCAGCGGAAUCCAACGCCGCGAGCCACCCGUCCGAAUCGCCCGGUCCCACGGCCACCGGGAGUUAAGAAACCAGCAGUUGAAAAAUCAACCUCGUUGAUACUUCUCAGCGACAGCGACGACGAGAUCGAAAUGAUCGUGCCUGAGAAACAAAGUGUCAGAACUCCCAUCGCCCAAACCCGCAAGACGCCUCAAACCAGCGACAAAACUCCGACGAGUACUCGACCUAAAUCCAGGCCUGUCGUCACCUCCCAAAUAACCGUUUCCAAAUCUAACGAACUUUUGUCACCUCAAAUGAUCCAGCGUAUGAGCCAAGGUGGUAUUUCCAUCACGCCCGUAAAACCCCCAGCUUCCAAACAAAAAACUCCUGAAACUGCCCAAGGCACUAAAUUGGUCGUCGUCGUUAACGAGACCGGAAGUCACUAUGCCUUGGCACUCCCGAACGGUAGUAAACUCAUUCUCACUCCCGAACAAGUCGCUCAGAUUAGAGCCUCCAACGGUGGCAAACUUGUUCUAUGAAACGACGCGAACCUCUGAGAAACGCCCAGUCAGUGAUCUCGGAUAUAUUUUAUUAUAACUUUCAUUACUCAAAGCUUCGGCAACGUCGAAGCAACUUCAUUUUUUUCCAAGGUAAUUCAGAUUUUGUGCAAUUCUUCGUGUAAACUUUUAACUUAAAAAUUUUCAACUUUAAGAAUUAUCUAAUUUACAUUAUUUAUUUUAACAUUCAAAGUUAGUUCGGGUCGUUUAAGGUUACUGAGGUGUUGACGAAAUUUGGGUGAUGUACGAACAACUAAAUGGCAAUGAAUUUUGGGACAGUUGUGAAUAUGAGUAGAUAAUGUUCGUAAAAAAUGGUAACUUCAGUAACUCCAGGAUCAUUUUCCACAGCGUGGAGAAAAGAAAAAAAGAAUUCUAUAUAUAUAUAUAUAUAAAGUUAAAAAGAUUUUCUUUAAGACCCUGCACAGUAUUGUUCGAACUUUCGAAUUAAUAUAUUACUUUGCUUUGUCAUAUAUUGUACAGAUAUACAGCAUAUGUAAUCAAAUAAAAAUGCAAAUUAGAUUUACACCGA